UUAUCAUCAUAGGCUCAAAAGUUAAGAAGAAAAAUGGUAGUGCAGUCUCCUGUUCCCGUGAGAACCAAGAAAACCAAGGCAGUAGGGAUUCCGACACUUGAUCUUUCUCUUGACAAGUCCAUAGUGUCGAAGCUGGUCGUCGAAGCUUGUGAAGACUAUGGAUUUUUUAAGGUCACUAACCAUGGCGUCCCUAUGGAGAUAAUAUCCAGAUUGGAAGACGAGGGGUUUCGGUUUUUCAACAAACCGGCUCCCGAUAAGCAACAGGCGGUGCCUGCCGGCAGUUUUGGUUAUGGUUCCAAAAACAUCGGCCUCCAUGGCGAUAAGGGUGAGCUUGAGUAUCUUCUCCUCCCCACCAAUCCUUGCUCCAUUGUCCAAACAUCCAAUACCAUCUCCCAUGAGCCUAAAAAUUUCAGUAGUGCUGCGAAUGAGUACAUAAAAGCAGUGAGGGAGUUAGCAAGCGAGAUUCUAGAUCUAGUGGCUGAGGGUCUAUGGCUCCAAGACAAGUACGCCUUCAGUAAACUAAUCACAGACGUCCAAAGCGACUCCAUCUUACGGUUCAACCAUUACCCUCCCCUAUCUUCAAAACCAUGCAAAGACGAUGAUGAAGUAGGGUUUGGCGAGCAUUCCGACCCUCAGAUCCUCACCAUUUUUCGAUCCAAUGAUGUUGGUGGCCUCCAAAUCGCUUUGCGUGAUGGGUUUUGGAUCCCAGUCCCCCCUGACCCUACCCAAUUCUUCGUCAUCGUCGGAGAUGCCUUGCGGGUUUUGACAAACGAGAGAUUUAGGAGCGCUAGGCAUAGAGCAAUGGCGAAUUCAACUGAAAAUUCAAGAAUGUCGAUCAUGUACUUCGGGGCACCUCCGCUUAACACAACCAUCUCCCCACUCCCACAACUGGUCUCAUCGGAAAAUCCCAGCCUGUACAAGCCCUUUACUUGGGGUGACUACAAGAAAGCUGCCUACUCCUUACGCUUGGGGAAUCCACGUCUUCACCUUUUCAAGGCUUCAUUCAUUUCCACCAAUCAAAUCCAUAUUAUGUAACGCAUAUACGGGCCUUAACUUGAUGGGGGAUUUUAUUCUGUUUAUAUUAGAUCUGGAAAUUUUCUUUUAUCUGAUGCCCUUCUUUAGUCCUAACUAAUUGGCGGGAUAUCUACAGGUAGACUGUCUUUGCUGUUGGCCAAGAAAGGCUCACCUAGCCAAUUGCGCCAUAUUUUUAUCCAUCAUUCCAUUUUUUUUGUUGAUGCAAAA